UACAACUUGGCUGGUCUUGUCAAACAAUGCUCCGACUUUCUUCAAAACAACAUUGAUGAGAACAAUGUUUGUCAGAUAAUUGAGCAUGCCAUCUUUUAUCAGAUGAAUCCUCUACAAGAGAGAUGCCUUUCAUUCAUCAUGGAUAAUGCAUCAAAGGGUCCUUUCUGCUCCAGGUUUUAUAGAACUAUCGCACGCAACAUUGUUGAAUAUUCUCAAACGAGACGAAUUAGCAAGCGAAGAAAUUGAUUUAUUUAAAGCAGCAAUGAAAUGGGCGGAACACAAUUGUGGUGAUUCUAAAUCUGGACAAAAUAUGCGCGAUCAACUUGGGGAAGCUCUGUUCGAGAUCAGGUUUCCGAAUAUACCAAUAGAAGAUUUUGCGCGAGUUGUUACUCCAUCUGGAAUACUUACCAACGAAGAGCUAGUGACGCUGUAUCAAUUUAACGCAACAAAAGGGUCGACACCUUUGGGGAAAUUCAGACAAGGGGAAAGACCGGGAGCACCAAUUACUGUCAAUCUCGGGCGGUACAUGUAUGAUCUGCAACGAAUGUGUAGGAGCUCAGGUUGUUACUUAAAUAUACAAGGUUAUAACAAUCGUUCUAGACAAAAUCAAUUAUUUUCUAAUCAAUUUCAAGUUAAACCAAUCGGUAAAUCCGUAAAAUUAAAGGCUGUCACUGGUACGUUUGUUGGAAAGAUAACAGGGAUUGCCACCAAUGGUAUACAAAGAGCUGAUUACAAAACUAAUGGACAUGAACUUUUCUUUGAUAAUCCGAUCGACAUAUCUGACAAUAUCAGUUUACAGUUUUAUUUAAGCAACGAAAAUAUGAUCAAUACACUCAAGCAACCAAACCAUUCCACAUUUAAUUUAAACAUACAGGAAAACGUGAAAGGACAAGAUAUAACAAUAACCGCCAUUCCUAAGGGCUUAGAAACAAUCACCUUCGUUUGAAUGUAAAAGAUUGCUAGUUCUACAUACCUGUAUAAUUUUUAAGGAACAAAACAUGGUGUAAAUAUUGAAUGCACAUUUGAUUUGAAGAUUUUGCACAUCAACAAAAUUGGCUUGAAAUUAUGAACAGUGACAAGCAAGAAAUUAAAGGUUUUUCUCAUGCAAAGUUUCGUAAAAACAUACAUCCUAGUAUAUAUUUAUAAAUGUGGGAGUUUGUUGUUGUCAAUUGUUAGAAGAAAUUGAUGUAAAUUGCUAGUCAUUGAAUAUAUAAUAUAUAAAAUAUAUAUUUAAAAGAACGGGAAAGACCUACUGUCUGC